AUGACAUCUGAUUCAGAAGAUGAAUUUGACUCAAUAAAUUGUAAUUCCUGUUGGAAAUGCAUAGCAUGUGCUUUUAAAAUUGUUACCCAACUAUCUUGUCAUUCUGGUAUGUACAACAACUUGUAUCAAGUUUUUAAAUACAUAAUGCUAUUGCCAUCAACUCAAGUCACGUGUGAAAGAGUAUUUUCCAAGCUAAAAGUAAUUAAAACAAAAUUAAGAUCGUCACUCGAUCAGCAGCAUUUAGAACCACUAAUGCUUAUGGCUAUAGAAAAAGAUAUUACUUUAAAUGUAGACAAAAUAAAACUAAUAGAUGACAUAGCAAAAUCGUCAAAAGAAAUGACAAGACUUUUAAUAUAA